GCCAAUACGUCAUCUGAGCAUGUCACAUGACGCAUGUCACCUGACCUGAGCUCCAACAUGGCGUUUGUGAUAAUCUAGAGGCAGCAAGCAGGGAUGUCAGAAGUCGUUCUUAGCCUGUAACGUCCUUGGCUCCGGCUCGUCCGUGACUACCCCGUCUGCUGCGUUAGCCGCCUGAAGGGCGACUAAUAGCGGUGGUUCCCGAAGGCUCAGCCAUGAACGGCCAUGUGAGCUCAGCGGCAGAGGAGCCAGUGUGGGAGAGACCCUGGUCCCUGGAGGAGAUCAGGAGAAGCAGCCAGAGCUGGUCUCUUGGGGCCGAUGCUGGGCUCCUACAUUUUCUCAAAGAGUUCUCCCACCAGACCAUAUCAAGAACCCACGAUAUUGAAAAACAACUGGAUGGACUGGUCCGCGAAACAAAAACAACGGAGUGCCGGCUGCACAAUAUCUUUAAUGAUUUCCUUAUGUUGUCCAAUACCCAGUUUAUCGAAAAUAGAGUGUAUGAUGAAGAAGUUGAAGAACAUAUAGUAAAGUCUGACCCAGGAGAGAAACCUGAACAGGAGAAAACCCGGGAGCAAAAAGAAGCAGAAUUAAUUCCAAAGAUCCAGGAGGCUGUAAAUUACGGUUUACAAGUGCUGGAAACUGCAUUUGAACAACUUGAUAUCAAGGCAGGAAACUCAGAUUCUGAAGAGGAAGAAGUUAAUGAAAGAGUGGAACUUAUUUUGGAGCCAAAGGAUCUUUAUAUAGACCGACCGCUGCCUUAUCUUAUCGGCUCUCAAUUAUUCAUGCAGCAAGAGGAUGUUGGUCUUGGGGAUAUAUCAAGUGAAGAAGGGUCUGUGGACAAUGACAGGGGAAGUGUGAUUGACAGCCAGGAAGAAGAUGAAAAAGAUAAUGACGAGGAUUCUGAAGAGGACUUCGGUAACAAUUCAGAUGAAGAGAAAAAAUUGCACACAGCCCUGAGUGAUGAGGAUGAGGAUAAUGGCUCUGACCUGUUUGGUGAUUCGGAUAAAGAGGAAGAGGAGGAAAAUGAAAAAUCUACAAAGACCAGAACAAAAUCAUUUGCUGAUGAAUUGGCAGCCCGGAUUCAAGUGGAAGUUCCAAAAAGGCAGGAGGUCGAUCAGUCAUCCAUAUUAUCUUCAGAGGUCAAAAGCAAAAAAGAAAAGAAAGAAAUCAGAAAACUUCCUUCUGACGAUGAAGAUGAUUAUAUCUUUAAACCACCCAAGCUUACAGAUGAAGAUUUCUUUGGCAAUAAAGGAGGUCUUUUCAGUGGAGGAAAGGGACUCUUUGAUGAUGACGAUGAGGAGGGUGACCUUUUCUCUGAUGUUCAUAGCAAGGAACGUAAGCAGACAGAAGCAGCCCCUGUUCCAAAACCAGAAACAUUGCCAUCGGAUGUGAAAAAGAAGCCGCCCUAUGGAGGGGUUUCCCUUUUCCACGGUGCAGAGGAUGUGAUCAACUCCUCAGUGUUGGCAGACAAGGAAAAAAGAAAACUCCCAACUCCUACAGAUGCUGCACCAAACCCUCCAAAUAACACAGGGCUGUUUGAUGAUGACGAGAUCUUUGGUGGAUCAGCUACAGCACAGGCUGCAGGGAAAGCCAAGGAAGCUGCUGAUCUGUUUGCUGAUGAGGACUUAUUUAAUGACCACAAUUCUUCAACAUUUAAAAAUUCAAAAGAGUCAGAAGCACCUAAACCAACAACCUUGGACAAAAAGGUUGCACAAUUGCCUACAGAAAAGCCAAAGCUGCCAGAACCUUCGACCAAGAAACAAAUUAGAGGUCUCUUCUCUGAUGAAGAGGAUUCAGAGACAGACUUAUUUUUGCCAAGUCAAAGUGUUGGCAAGUCUAAAACAACAAUGUUGCCGACAACCAAGGCCAGUAACGCUCUUUCUCUGUUUGAUGAUGAGGAUGAAGACUUGUUUGGUGCGGUACCUGAGAAACAGCCAUUGCCUACUUCAGUAAAAUCAGUUCAGCAACCUGCAGCGGCAAAAUCUCUCAAAUCUGGCCUGUUUAGCAGUGACGAGGAGGAUCCUAUCACUGUUUCAAAUAACCGUAAACCAGUUGAGAAAAGCAAGAAAGAUGCAGCUAUUCCACCUAACGCAAAGAAGGAGGAAAGGACUGAAAAGAAAUCUAGCUUAUUUAACAAUGGCGACGAUGACCUUUUUGCAAUUACAAAAGAAAGCCAGAAGAAGCAUCAUCGUGUUUCUCUGUUGUUUGAGGAAGAUGAAAUCGGUGAAGAACCUUUGUUUGCAGCUGAAGUAACCCCGUCUCCAUCAGUGGGUCAGGCUUUGAAUCCGUCAAGUACAUCAGUUCCUGCAAAAGUAGAAAACGAAAAGGUGUCCUUGUUUGAUGAUAGAGAUGAAAAGCCUGAAAGUAAAGCACCAGUCCAUACCUCACAGGAUAAACGGCCAUCUGUACCGAAAAAAGAAAAUACGGUAAAACCAGCUCCUCUGCAAGAACCAGUUGAUGACAUUUUUGCAGCCUCUCCACUAACCUCUAAGCACACAAAGAUCAAGAGUAAAAAUGUCCUGAGUCUCUUUGGGGAUGAAGAAAACAAUAUGGAAGAUCAUUUUCCAGCUAAAAUUACACCAAAGGAUUCUGGAGAGGACUCCUUGGAGAAGAACACACAUGGGAAGAGCACUGGUGUAUUCCAAGAUGAGGAACUUCUCUUCAGUCAGGAAUUACAGGAGGAUAACGAUCCAGACGUAGAUCUCUUUGCCAGCACUAGUAAAAAAUCAUCUGAGAAACCCAGCAAUACUAAACCAUCAGCUGGAGUAGGAUUAUUUGGGGAUGAUGCUGACGAUGAUCUCUUCAGUACAGCUAAACCCAAGAAACCUCCGAAAGUGCAAGAAAAGAAACCAGUUAUCAAAAGAGAGAGUUUGGAAACAUCUAAAGAAUCUGACAGAUUGCCUGGGGCAAAUGAGAAACCCACAGAUCCGUCACCAAUUAAAACAAAAAGUCCUUCCUCACGGAUUGGAAAACUACAAGCAAAUUUGCUUAUUAACCCAGCAGCACUGUUACCAGGUGCAGUUCCCAAGCUAGCAGGUGCAAGAUCCAUUGCUCCAGAGAUAGACUCUCCAGCACCAUCAGUCGCUGAAUCCACCCGAAGCUCAGACGCUGUCGGCAAAAGCGCGGAAGCAGCGAGCUUUGACACAACCGCUCAAGUUGAUACACUUUACAGCGCUAAUAAGUCUCGUGUCAAAGUUGGUAGCAAAAGAAGACCGCCUACACGAUUAGGCAGAAAACUUGCCUCUCAGGACUCUGGGGAGACUGAAGGCCUUAACGAGUCAUCACCAAUUUCGCCCACACCGGAUACGAACUCCAAAUCUGGAUUUGGUGAAUCAAGCCGGCAGUUGGAUAGACAUGAGAAAACCUCUACUAUGAAGCUUUCCCUUUCAGAGAACGAUGUACAGUCAAGAGCAAAUACCAAAGUUGCCAUAAAUCCUCUGACACCUGAUAUAAAUGACUUAUUUGGUUCUGAUCUUUUUGCGAAAACUUCAUUGCCUAAUCCAGUUGUCUCCAGACAACAGAUAGAAGAGAGUCAUGGGAAUGAGUUUACCAAAAAGUCUAUCGUGAAUCAGGGAAAGAAGUCUCCAGCUGUAGCGAUUGAUGAUGGUAGUGAUGAUGACCCCUUUAAGUCCAUAAAAGUCAAGAAGGCACUCCAGCCAACCUCUCUAAUAAGCAAUGAACCUGAGGAUGAUCUAUUUGGGAUCAAGAAACCUCAGCGGAAAGUGGAUAGUCUGCCUGUUCCGCCAAAAGAUAUUAAGCCCACUACCAGUGAUAUAUUUGAGGAUGACAUAUUUGCAGCUGAAGCCAUCAAGCCAGUGAAAAAAACAAAAGAGAAGAAGGCAGCUUCAGAAACCAAUCUGUUUGAUGAUAAUAUGGACAUUUUUGCUGAUCUCAAACACAAACCUAAGGAGAAAAAGUCAAAAAAGAAGGUGGAGCCCAAGUCCAUAUUUGAUGAUGAUAUGGAUGAUAUAUUUUCAACAUCAGCUUCGAAUAUAAAGAAGACAAAACCAAAAACAAAGUCAAGUCAGCCAGCAUCUGAUACAAAACCAGAUGCCAAGGUUUCCACUGCAUUCGAUGAUCCCUUAAAUGUCUUUGGUAAAUGAAAACAACGGUCUUUAGAGAGGGACGGUAUUUGCACAAUGUCACAUUACUGCGUCACAUAAAAAGCAUUUUACUAGUAGUUAAUAUUUUACUUACAAUUUGUUAAAGUAGGAGGACGAGUUAAAUGUUUUAGUUUUUAUAAAGCACUUAUAUGUCUGUGCCAAACUUUCAUACUUGGUAAACCUGUUAAUCUCAAAUUUUUAGGGCAAGGGCUGUUAAAUGGGGUAACCCCAGUACUGUCCAAUACAGAAUCAUCUCUUCUUGGAGACAUUCCUCUACUCUUUGCACUCUCUGUUUGCUUCAGUUGCACUGAAAGUAGAGAGAGAUACAAUAGUGAUAUUGUGGUAGUUAGUGAGGCAACUAGAUUUUACACCAAGUGCAGAUUACAUGUUUAUUAUCUAUACUCACAGCAGAAAAUAGUGAUUGUAUCCUCUAGGCUACUUUUUAUGCUAUGUUUUGUAAAUUGCUCUGAAAAUAAGAAAACAAUUAAAUAUAUAUGUAUGUAUGUAUGUAUUCUUUAUGGGUCAAGUUAGAAAUAGAAGUGUCACCAUUACCAGGAUGCCAUUUGCAUAAUACCAGCACACAUACUAUCAGCAAUUACAUAUUUUAUUAAAGGUAUAAUAUUCUGUGGUACUUGGGAGACCAGCUGCUUUAGCUCUGCUAACAAGUGAGUAUGGGGGGGGGGGGUGGUAAGGCUGUGGCAGUUGGUAAGGAAGGGAAGAGAUUAGUGGCAGUUGGUAAGGAAGGGAUGAGAUUAGUGGCAGUUGGUAAGGAAGGGAUGAGAUUAGUGGCAGUUGGUAAGGAAGGAAUGAGAUUAGUGGCAGUUGGUAAGGAAGGGAUGCGAUUAGUGGCAGCUGGUAAUGAAGGGAUGCGAUUAGUGGCAGUUGGUAAUGAAGGGAUGCGAUUAGUGGCAGUUGGUAAAGAAGGGAUGAGAUUAGUGGCAGUUGGUAAGGAAGGGAUGCGAUUAGUGGCAGUUGGUAAUGAAGGGAUGAGAUUAGUGGCAGUUGGUAAGAAAGGGAUAAGAUUAGCGGCAGUUGGUAAGGAAGGGAUAAGAUUAGUGAGCGCUCUAACUUUUUAUGUUGCAACCUUAAACGUGUGGUUACCUUUGCAAUAUCUUUUAAUAUGCUCUGUUGAUCCGUAUCCAAAUGUGCUUGCAUAAACUAGGAUUACAUGGACAGUGCUGACAUUAUCUCUAUUUCCAACUUUGUCUAUACUAUAAUAAAUUUGUAAAGCAUAUAUUGUAAAUUCUAACUGUACUGUAUGUCUAACAAAUUGACAUUAUAAAACAGUGUUCUACACCA